CUUACAUCGUCACUUCCGUGUUUUCGUACUUCCGGUUUAGAUACUUCAUCCAUGCUCCGCAAGCGCUGAAUGUUCAACACGAAAGGCAGACUGAAGAAAGAGACCAAAUAAACCAAAGCUAUAAUGUUCAAACUGGAAGGACUCGGGCCUAAAAUGGACCCAGAGGAGAUGAAGAAGAAAAUGAGACAAGAUGUCAUCUCAUCUGUACGAAACUUCCUUAUUUACGUCGCCCUUCUCAGAGCCACCCCAUAUGUGUUAAAGAAGCUGGACAGCAUAUGAGCGGAGCAGCAGGUCUCUUCUUCGGCAAUGCACUGAGAGUUUACUCCAUCAGAGACAGGAUCAGUCAUCAUCAGCAGAAUUCCGGGGCCACAGCAGCAAAUCCUGUUGGAGAUGACUAAAGGCUGUCCAUCACCUGAAGAAACACAUUGUUCUCGUUUCUCAUGUCUUGUUGAAUACUUUAGUCUGUCUUUCAUGUUAAACACAUUGUGGUUUACUUUUUUAAUGCAAAUUCUAAAUGUGUGUAUGCCUGCUGUGUUCACACAUUAAAGAAGAAACCUUCUUUUUUUUUGGAUUUACAUAACAGAUUGUCAAACUGCAUAACAUAUGUACACUGUAAGAAAACUUUCAUUUAAACCUUGAAUCUAAAAUCACUGAAAAUAAAAAUUAAAUGACAAUAAGAAAGGA